GAGAUUUCAUAGCUUGUGGAACAAUAAGAAGUGCUUGUGGCAACUGCCUUGAGGGCUCUUCACAGCUGCUUUGUCAGUGGGCCUCAGUACACUGGAGAUGCAGUGGACCUGUAAGCAGUGUAAUUUUUCUACAGACAAAAGAGGACAGUUGUUAAAACACUAUCGCCUAAAACAUGGAGGCUUUACUCGGCAACAGCCAAUACCAUGUCUUCAUAACGAUUGCUUGUGCACUUUCAAAUCUUUUAAUGCACUCAAAGUGCAUUUAUCGGUUUGGCACUGUCAAUCAGACAUUGGACAAACAAGUAAACCCACAGUUGUAUUUCACUGCCAAUUAUGUGAAUCCACAGAGCCCUGCACUGAAGAAGAGUUUUUCACACACUUGCGCAGCCAUUUAAAACUUAAGCAAAAAGUUCUGUGUCCAUACGACGGCUGUGAUUUUCACAGCAAUGUAUAUUCAACAUUUAAUGCACACAAAAGUAGGGUACACAGAGGGAGUGCUACAACACAUUUUAAAACCGGAAUUGUAUCAAACAUUGAACAUCAAGAUCAGUUGACUGAAGUGGAGAAUGAUAUUUCCUCACAGGAUGACACUGAGUGUGAAUUUGAAGAGUCUGUAGGUGACAUACAGGACUUGGAAAGUCAGCUGGAACGUAACCUUGCUGCUCUGUUUUUGAAAAUGCAAACAAUCCUGCAUAUAUCAGAAAGUGCUACACAAGAAGUUAUUCAGCAGAUCAAUCAGAUCCACUUACUUUCACAGCCAUUACUUCAAAGUAAAGUCCAGGAGAUUAUCAGUCAGCAUUGUGGUGAUGUGGAUAAUUCCAUUGUGAGUGAGGUUGUAAAUGCAGUUUCACAAACUAAUGUCCUGCUGAAAUUCACCUCUACAGGAGGAUCCUUAUCAACAGCUAGCAGGAGAGCAUCUUAUAUACAGCAAGAAUUUCCUCUCGUUAUGCCAGUUGAGUUUCGUCUUGACAGAGAUAGUUCUGUUGUAUAUGUCCCCACACUGAAAAUGUUGCAGGCUUUGUUAAGAAAUAAGGAUAUUUUGGAUAAGGUGCUGCAUGUAGAAUGUGGGGCUUCACCAGAAGGAUACCACUCAUUCAGAGAUGGCUCUCAUUUUAAAGAAAAUGUUCUUUUGAAUGCGGAAGAAUUUAGGAUUGCUCUUGGGCUAUAUAUAGAUGAUUUUGAGGUUGCUAAUCCACUGGGAACAUCCAAGAAAAAACUCAAACUAUAUAAAGCUGACAAACCACAGAUCAUUCCAAAGACCUUCAUCGCUAAGGGAACCAUUGUGGGCAACGGCCAUGAAAACUGGGCUCUCCUGAGGCUGCUUCCAUUGAUGAAUGUAGCACAAACCUUGGCUGUAAGACACCAGAAGAUGAUGGCCUUCCAUUUGGAUUCUGCGUCAUUCUUUAAGCCUUCUGUGGAAAUUGAUAAAGUGAGGACCAUGGGAAGCUAUAAACUAAGAAUCAUCAUAAAUCAAGGGGACAUACGGAAAGUGUCACUGGAUGGAAAACCAGAAACGGUUGAAGAGCUGAAGAUAAAAGUCAAAGAAAAAUGCAAGCUGCAGGAUGACUUCAAUCUUAUGUAUGAAGACCCUGACUUGGUUAUUCCCUCUGCAACCUAG